CAUCAUUUCUUAUCUUGUUAAUUCAUCUCCAUUCUUUUUUGUACUUUUUAUAUUGUCUCUGCUUACCCUCGUUUGGCUUAGAACUGUCCGGCUUUAGAAAUGAGCUUCUUUGAUCAUCUCCAGAAGAAAGGUGUUGGGGCAAUCCAGGCGCAAAAGGUCCAGAUUCGCAAAGUAGAGCGCAAACCAUCUAAAGUGGUAUCCUCCUUGUCCUUAUCCUCGAUUGCGAAGCCGCAACCGCGUCUAGAUACUGUCUCAAAACCCGUUGCAGCCCGCAGAUCCGCAAGCUCCGCAAGCAAGCCUGCACGUCAUCCUCAACCGAGAUCGAGGCCGCCUUCGCGCAAAAGGAACACUAUUGAGCCAACUCUUUUCGGUAGUAGCGAGGAGAGCGAUACGGAUGUGUCUCUAGACCUUCGGAUAACCAAGAGGGCAAGGGUUAGCUCCAGCGUUGAGCCGGAUUUACACCGUCGCGUUCGGGAUACAGAUGCAUUUUCCGAUGAAGCCGCAUUUGAUAUGAUACAUGCUGCAGAUAUUAUUUCGUCUAAAAAAUCUCUAGGUUUUAAUAAUGCCUUCGGGAUCGAGGAUGGUCCAAUCAUUGUGGAGUUACAAUAUCCUGGAGCUCCACAGAAAGAGAGAUAUCAGCUGGUAGUGCCUCGUGACAACGAUGGAUUCAAACCCCUUGACGAUAUUGUCCAGCUGUUAGAAAUUGUCUCGCAGAACUACAUUCCCGAAGAACACCUAGCGCUUUUUGAAGACGAAUCGAAUGGUCUGCUACGACGCUUGCGUCGUGCGUUGAGCAAUACGUCUUUAACGGACUUUUUAGAUGGAGUCAAAAGCUACAAUGAAACCAUCCAAAGACUUCACCAGGACGGAUCGAUUUCUAGACAUUUGGAUUCUAAACACGCGUUGGCGCUUCCAUUAGUCGAGAGGAUCUUGACACAGGUGUAUUCGCGGACGGUUUCGCCUCGAGUAGAUUCUCUGCGCCAAUAUGAGAACGGCUCUGACAACGUUUAUGGUGAAUUAUUGCCGCGGCUUGUCUCAAAGAUUUUCGCCGAAACCCGUUUGAAGUCAGAUCAAGUAUUCGUCGACUUAGGGUCGGGAGUUGGAAAUGUCGUUCUUCAGGCAGCUUUGGAAAUCGGGUGUGAGAGCUGGGGCUGUGAGAUGAUGCAAAACGCCUGUGACCUGGCAGAACUCCAAGAAAAGGAAUUCAAAACCCGUUGCCGUCUGUGGGGUCUGCAACCUGGCCAGACACACCUGAAAAGAGGUGAUUUUCUCGAAGUUGAUAGCGUUGGCAAAAUUCUCCAGAAGGCCGACGUGGUUCUUAUCAACAACCAAGCCUUCACCCCAGAAUUAAACCACAAAUUGGUAAACUACUUCCUCGAUAUGAAAGAAGGCUGCCAGAUUGUAUCGCUCAAGUCCUUUGUUCCUGCAGGACAUCGGAUACAAUCUAGGAAUUUGAAUUCGCCUAUUAAUCUGCUUUCGGUCAAGCAAAAGCAGUACUGGUCUGACAGUGUCAGCUGGACCAAUGCCGCAGGAACAUAUUUUAUUGCAACCAAGGAUAGUUCCCGACUGAAAGCCUUUUUAGAGUCAUCGACGUGAAAGAACAAGUGUUUUUUGGCUGAUCAUGUUUGUUGGUGGCUUUUCUAGUUUGCAUUAUAGUACUCGUUCCUCCUUUUUCAACUUUCUUUUGGAUAUAUGUGUAUAGAGCGAGGGAUACCCUAUUACACCCGGCUAGAUGUGUUUUACAGGCUUGGAUUGAGCAAGGUUGGAUCUCUCUUUGAGGGUAUUAAAUUGGUUUUGGCUAAAUGGAUGACCUGGGAUAUGUAAUUAAUUAGACGAC